AUGGCUAAAGCGACAUCCGCGGCCACGGCCGAGAACCCUCGCCACGAUGCAGUCCUACACCUCGCCCGAGAUGACCAUGCCAUGAUGAGCGCAUACGGCAAGGCCAGUUUCUCAGCCGUACGGGCAAAUACCUACGUGACAGCAGUAGCAGCAUUUGCCGUCAUUGGUGCCCUCUGUUUUGGCAUAGACCAAGGUCUCAUGUCGGUCAUCCUCGUCAUGAAACAAUUCCAAAAACAGUUUCCCGAGCUCGCGGACGGCGCGGCGUCGCAGGGGUUCUACAAGGGCCUCGUGACGGCGCUCCUCGAGCUGGGCGCCUUCGUGGGCGCCUUCUCGGCGCCGCACAUCUCGGACCACCUCUCGCGGCGCAUGGCCAUGCGCGUGGGCUGCUUCUUCUUCCUCGUCGGCGCGGCGAUCCAGACGGGCUCCAUGAACUACGACACCGUCGUCGCGGGGCGCUUCGUCGGCGGGCUGGGCAUCGGGCUGCUGUCGAGCACAAUGUCCGUCUACAUCAGCGAGAUCGCGCCGCCCAACAUGCGCGGCAUGCUGCUGGACUUGAACGAGCUGUUCGUCGUCCUCGGCAUAGUUAUUGCGUACUGGACCUGCUUCGGCACGCGGUAUCUGGCCGGCGCCGCGUCGUUCCGUGUCCCCUUCGGAUUGCAGAUGAUCCCCGGCGUCAUCCUCCUCGUCGGCUCCUUCGCCAUGCCGCCCAGCCCGCGGUGGCUCGCCAUGAAGGGCCGCGACGACGAGGCCCUGGCCAUGCUCGCCAAGCUCCGCCAGCGCAGCACCGACGACAUCCUCGUCCAGGCAGAAUGGAUCGGCAUGCGGGCCGAGAACAGGGUCACCGGCGAGGUCCUGGUCGAGCGCCACCCCACGCUGCAGACGGGCUCCCUCAAGGACAAGGUCAAGCUCGACCUCUGGACCUGGGUCGACACCUGGCGGCCCGGCUGCUGGCGCCGCACCCUUGUGUCUGUCCUCCUGUGCUUCUUCCAGCAGAUGAUCGGCAUCAACGCCCUAAUCUACUACGCGCCCUCCAUGGUCGCCGCCCUCGGCUUCUCCUACGAGGAGCAGCUCGUCCAGUCCGGCAUCAUCAACGUCACGCAGCUGGCCGGCACGAUCAUCAGCUUCUUCCUCAUCGACCGCCUCGGCCGCAAGCCCCUGCUCGUCCUCGGCUCCAUCGGCACGACAAUCUGCAUGGUGAUCGUCGGCGCCCUGAUUAAGCUUUUUGGCGACUCUUGGGCCGCGCACGGCGCCGAGGCCAAGUGCGCCCUUGCGUUCCUCAACCUGUACAUGGUUAUCUUCGGCAUCAGCUGGGGCCCGGUCCCCUGGGCCAUGCCGUCUGAGCUCUUCAGCUCGUCCCUGCGCGCACGGGGUGUCGCUUGGUCGGCAAUGUCGAUUUGGCUGUUCAACUUCAUCGUCGGCCUCAUCGUCCCUCCCAUGCUCGAAAGCAUCGGCUGGGGAACCUUUAUCUUCUUCGCUGCCUUCGCCACGCUGGCUGGAAUCUGGACCUUCUUCUUCGUCCCCGAGACAAAGGACAAGACCCUCGAGCAGCUCGACAGACUCUUCAACGACGCCACUGGCCAGAAGGACGAGGAGCGUCGGCAGCGCAUCCUGGGCGGUCUCGCGGUGGAGAUAUAUGGGCCCGGGGGACAGAAGCUGACGGGGGAUUCUAGCUCGGACACGAGCUCUGACAAGAUUCGUGUAGAGAGGCAUGAAGAGGUGUGA